AUGCACGAUGCUGUGGACGGGCCCGCUGCCUUCCUGGACAUUCGGGCCCCGCCCUAUGACCCAGACGAUGGCCCGGACUGCCACUAUCCCGCCUCAGAGUGCGCCCAGGGUCCCGGUCCCGAGGCGCGGGCCCUCCCGGAAGCCUCCAGAAAGGACAAGGAGCGGCGCCCGGCCCGCCUGGCUAUGCCUCUCGUUGCUGCGGUUCCCGCCGACGACCGCGCGCCCGCGGCCUCAGGGGCGCAGCCCGGCCCCGGGGAGGCCGCGCUGCAGUCAUCUCCUGUGAAUUAUUUAUUUUCUUUCACAGAAAAGGAUGAGCCUCCACUCAGCAAGGCUGGACAGGAUGUGGUUUUGCACCUGCCUACAGAUGGAGUGGUUUUGGACGGCCGUGAGAGCACAGACGACCAUGCCAUAGUCCAGUAUGAGUGGACAAUGUUGUUGGGUGACCCAUCAGUGGACAUGAAGGUACCUCAGUCAGGAACCCUGAAGCUGUCCCACUUACGGGAAGGAACAUAUACCUUUCAGCUCACUGUGAUGGACACUGCUGGGCAGAGAAGCUCUGACAACGUCUCAGUGACAGUGCUGCCCAUGACCUUCUCCACAGGAGGAUGCUCGAACGUUUGCUCACGCUACCACUUCUCUUGUGAUGACGGCUGCUGCAUUGACAUCAUGCUGGCUUGCGAUGGAGUGGAGCAGUGUCCUGAUGGGUCCGAUGAGGCUUUCUGUCAUAAUUUGAGCCUUGACCGGAAGACGGUGACCCACACAGCAACCGCCCAGCCUAGAAUCACAGGACCAAUCAAAGAUGUAGCAGGAGGCUCCUUCUUGGAAAAGUCCCACAAAGUGACUGUCCCAAACCAGCCACUGGUGGUAUCAAACACAGAGAAGAGGAAUCAUUCCACUUUUUGGGGACCAGAGAGUCAGACUGAUCCUGUGAUGCCAGAUAGUGGUUCCUCAGGGAAGAACAGAAAAGAAAAAAAUUAUAUUUUUGAAUCAAAGAGCGAUCGAGGAGGAGGGGAACACCCAGCCCCAGAAACAGGUGCAGUGCUACCCUUGGCCCUGGGUUUGGCCAUCACGGCUCUGCUGCUUCUCAUGGUCGCUUGCCGACUACGCCUGGUGAAACAGAAACUUAAAAAAGCUCGUCCCGUUACGUCUGAGGAAUCCGACUACCUCAUAAAUGGGAUGUAUCUAUAAAAGUGUCACUUAAAUAGCUGGGGGGCGAGGAGGUUUCACUUUUAAUUCAUACAUAUACUGUGUUCCGGAUAUUUAGAAACCUCUUUGGUUUGAACUGGGCUAAGAAAAAUACCGAAACCCCAGAAAAUUCUGAAAACCCCAAACCUUUGUUUUUAUUUAUUGUAGGAAGAUUUUCUUUGGGAAGUGUGUGAAAUAUUUUGAAAUUUAGAGAGGAGUCCGUCUGAGUAAAGACUCACACAUCGAAUUCUGACUUACGUAAGCUGUCCCUGAAAAUAGCAGUUUGCAGUUAGCCACGGCAGAAAAUUCAGCGAUUCGAGGGGUGGCCUUGGAAUGGCGACGUUAACCCUUUACUUUCUAGAGGCCAACCACGGGCCCCUGGCAACCCGGGGCCUCUUGAUACACGGCUUCCUCUUGUUCUGAGGCCCUCUUGUUCCUCACGCUAAGCUUCCCGUGCUCUCCUUUCUCCUCUCCCCUUCAAAACCUGUCUCUAGGAAUGGAUCUCAAGUGAGUUUAUACCUUCAAUGGCAGGAGUAUCUGUACUAGAGCCCCAUGAACACGUCAAGGAGGCCUCGGGGAAGGUGAAUGUGAGUUUAUCCCAGGGCCUCUGACAUCAUGUCAUUUAGGGGGCUGCCUCAUCAGGCUUACCUUUGGGUGAGAAAACCCCGACUUUGGAUGACAGAUAGCCGUAACACGGUCGUGAAGGGAGCUGGGAAAUCCUGGUGGAAGAAGAGGCGGCAGGUCAAACAUUUCAACACAAACUCAGCUGAGGGCGAAGUGGGAGGAGGACAAUUAGUUCUUUCUUGAAUCUCCUCAGCGCUGCUUGAUGGUCCCGAACACAGCGGCUUUAUUUCUGUAGUCGCUGGCUUUCAACACUAGUCUGUGUUGAUGGAAGAGGAAGAUGCAUUCAAACUGGAAAGCAGAACGCUGAGCAUCCGGGUUUGUAGGUGCGGCUUUUGUAAACAUGCCGCGUUUAAGGAUCAGCAGGGCCUUUCAUCCAAUGGGAUUGAGCCACUUUUCUCCACUAUUUACUCAAUGCUUCAGACGCCGUAACGUGCAAUCAGCUAAUGCCGGGCUUACGUAUUCCCACAGCAUAGAGCAGUCUUGCACAAAUUCGUCUUUGCAGAAAACUGGCCGUCUGGCUUUGCAUCUUUUCCCUGUUAAUCAGUCUGUAGGAUUUUUAAAGGCAAAUUAUUCCCAUCGUCACUUCAUGCCGGGAUUAUACAUGUUGUAGAAAUCAUUCUCCUUGAGAGGACUGUGGUGCCUGUCUACACUCACACGAUGUUACCAUUUACAUAGUAUGGCUUUUUCCUCGUAAGUGGCAAAUCUUCUAAAAUACUUGAACACAUUGUAGAACACUUUAUUUUCAGACUGAACCUGGGGUAAGUCGUUCCUUUGGCAAAGGGCUUAAUUUGGGUCAGAAAUAUAACGAACCCAUUAAGAAAUGGCAAGUUAGUUCUAGAAAAACAGAGAAACCGGUUACUUUUAUGUCCUGAGAGGUCCAAGCAUUUUGUUGAAUAUUAAGAAUUGAGCAAAGACUUCCGUCUCCCCUCCAGGGCAGGUUAGAGAAAGGACAGCACGAGUGACCUGAGGCCCUCGGCGCUCUCUGUGUGAUGCCGUGCAGUGUCCUAGUCCAGAGAAGGACAUCACCUGUAGCCAUACGCGACACAAUAAAAACUGCUGAGGCGUGCAUCUUUCAGUACAUCUUUUUAUACGUGAAGAAAUUAAAACACGAUUUAGUAUUGCUAUGGUGUUGAAAGACUUGAGAAAAGAUGUCCACAUCCACGUGUACGAUAUCCCUUUCAUAAACUGUAUUUUAUUCUUGUGACUUUAAACAACCAUUUAACCUAAUCAUCAUAAGUUGCUAUUAUUUACUGAGCUGUCCCUGUAUUACCUGGAUUUAAUCCUAUCAACCUUAUCUUGCAAAGGGGGAAAUUAGGAAUUAGAGAAGGAGAAUCGGGGUCUACAAAAUAUUUGUAUUGUCAGAUGGACUGAAUGGGACUUUUGAAAGUCACCUUAACUGUGAGUAUCUGACUGAAGGCAUUCUGCAUCUAAGAUGAUUUCAAAAUAAUUUUAGAGGGAAGCUUGGCCACGAUUUGCUGCUCAAACAUGUUCGUGUGUCUCACGUCUCUUCCUGAGAAAAGGCCCAUCUGAGCCACCUUCCAGAAAACUCAGAGCUUCUUUCCUCCCGUCUCUACAAGCAGACAACAGCCAGUCUCCAUCCUUCCAGAAGCUUGAAUGCCAGUCACUCGAGUAUCAGGUUUGUUCUCUUCCACAGGAAAAUAACAGAAUGUCUUCAUCUUUCUCCUCCUGACUUUUCAUAAUCUGUGAUUCGGCUCCCUGAUUCGCUUUCACACUUCCCAGCCCUCCUCAGUCACUGAGGGCUGUUUCGUGUUGUCCUUUAUCAUAUUUUCCCGCAACCCAAACGCAGAGAUGCGUAUUUCUAUUUGUUCUUCAGUUUUGCCGUUCAGGGCAGACCUUGCCGAUGAAUUAACUGGACUUCCUGUACAUAAACAUAGGACAGUGCGCUGUGGCCCGGGGCACGGGGCCGUUCGGGUCCUCACAACGUGCUGCCUGCAUCACAGUCAUGAUGCUCCGUAACAGCAGCUUCUGGCCUGGGAUCAUCACUGGGGGUCUCUUAAGUUACACUGUCCCCAGUUCGAUGGUUGGGGAUUGCACCGUUUUGUUCCUAGCAGAGUGACUCUCAAUUAUUUGUUCUCUUUACUGGACUCUAAGUUUUGUCUAACUGUUGGUGUUAAAACCGAAUGAGGAUUUCUAACGAAAAACUGCCCAAGCCAAAUAGAAAAGCUUAGUUUGCUGUUCACAAAUGUUCACAUCUCCGUGGCUUUUUAAUCAAUUGUGAUGCUGACUUUUUGGGGGGGGCACUGGCCCUAUUUUUCCCAGCUCUUUUGUCCUGCUCAAUUCUCUCUAGUAUUCUAAAUAAAGUGCAUAUUUUAUAGCUACUUUGAGAGCAAACACAGAUUUUUUGGGGGGUAAAUGUCAAACCACCAGGGAUGAAAAUACGGUUGGACACACCAAAGCUGGAUGUGUUCAGAAAUGAACCGAGUGGUUAGGACUGAGCCUCCUCCAUUUGCUUCAUUUAGGUCUCCGUGUGUCUUCGUUCCUACUCAUUUGAAUUCUCCCAUCACCUCUGUUUUUAGUCUUUGUUACCUCGCUGUAAAUUGGAAAGAGAUCAACUUACAAUAUCAUUCAGCUUAAAGAUGUUUUUAUACAGUUAUUUCAAAACAUAGGAAACUUCUCAAAACACAUUUUUUUUUAACGUUUAUUUAUUUUUGAGACAGAGAGAGACAGAGCAUGAACGGGGGAGGGUCAGAGAGAGAGGGAGACACAGAAUCUGAAACAGGCUCCAGGCUCUGAGCCAUCAGCCCAGAGCCCGACACGGGGCUCGAAUUCACGAACCGCGAGAUCAUGACCUGAGCCGAAGUCGGACGCUUAACCGACUGAGCCACCCAGGCGCCCCUCAGAACACAUUUUAAAAUUAGUUUAACUUUUACCAAAAAGCUUAAGGAAAAUUGUACUGAGUAUUUGGACUUAAAAAAAAUUCUUUCGUUUUCAUUUCAUAUGACUGAAGACCCAAAAGUCCAAAAAUAUCAAAAGUCUAUGUUCUCAUAUUUAAACAAAGCAGUUUCACAGAUCAAAACAGAAAUUUAGAAAAAUCUCUAAAUGUGUAAUCUACAAAUGUGUGUAUAGAAUGAAGAAAUCAGAACCAUGAACUCUACAAUCUGAGAUCAUGCCUUCAAUGUUGUUUGCUGUUGAAGGGGAGCCAAUCUGACACUCCUUUAACACCCUCACCUGUAAUGUCCGACCUGCUUUAUCCAAU